AUGGACCAAGUCUACCUCCCCCAGUCCCUGCGAACCGCAGUCGCGGUCUCGUUUGGAGUCGGCCUGCUCUACUGGGUAUAUCGGCUGCUUUUGCAAAAGACAAAGAGUCUAAAGGCGUUGGACUUGCCGGUCCUGCAAAGUGUUGGUGAUCAAGACAUUGUGAAAACGCUGGAGGACGGCCAUGCCAAGUAUCCAGAUACUCCGUUCGCACUGGGAGUCCCAGGACAGCAAGUAGUUGUUCUUCCCGUCUCUGAAAUCGACACCGUCAAGGCACUGCCCGAGAACCAGCUGUCCAUCAAGAAGCACCAUUACAACCAGUUCCUCGGCGAAUACUCGUACAUGGGCACCAAGGCCGAUGAAUUCGACGACGCGAUGAGAUACCUCCUGGUCCGCAACACUCCGGCCGUGUUGGCCUCGUUUACAGCCGAGAUCGACUACGCCAUGUCGACCGUGCUCCAGGUCCCGCCAAACACCUGGACCCGAGUGAAGCCCCGGUCGAUCAUGCCCAAGGUCGCCACGAUCCUGUCCGGCCGCGCCUUUGUAGGCUUGCCCCUCAGCCGAGAACCAGACUGGAUUGAGUCCAACGUCAACUACACCCAGGACGUCUCGCGCGCGUGGAUGGUCCUGCGCUUCUACCCGCACUGGAUCCGACCACUGGUUGCCCCGUUCCUGCGCGAGGUCAAAACCCUAGAGCAGAACAAGGCGCUCAUCGGGCGCAAAAUUGCAAAGCUUCUUGCCGAUCAAGAAGCGCAGAAGCUGUCGCCCGCAAAAGAGAAGGUUCCCGGCGGCGAUAUGAUCGACUGGUUCAAGUCGCGGUACCAGACACAGGGCAAAACGGCUACGGCCCAGCAGCUCACGCGCGAUCAACUGCUGGCCACCUUUGCCUCGAUCUACAACCUAUCCAACGCGCUGACAUAUGUUAUUUUCGAUCUCGCUGCGUACCCCGCCGUCGUGGACGAGCUACGCGAGGAACUCGACCAGGUCCUCGGCCCCAACGUCGGCGCCGAGAGCAUCGACAAGACCGCCCUCCCGCGCUUGAUCAAGCUGGACAGCUUCGUGCGUGAAUCGCAGCGUCUGAGUCCAACCUCCUUGGUCAACAUCCCCCGGGUCGUCACCGAUCCAAACGGCCUCCGGCUGAAGACCGGCCAUGUGAUCCCCCCGGGAUACCUAGUGAUGGUGCGCGCGCAGCCCAUCAACCAGAAUUCCACUUUGUAUCCGAAUCCGGAGCGGUUCGACGCCUUUCGGUUUGCUCGUCUACGCCAGCAGGGAGGAGCCAAUGAGAACCGCUGGCAGCAUACCUCCACGGGGGCCGACAAUAUCAAUUUUGGCCAUGGCAUCUGGGCUUGUCCGGGGCGGUUCUUUGCCAGUGCAGAGAUUAAGGUGGUUGUGGCGUAUGUGAUUCGUCACUAUGAUCUACGGCUGGUCGAGGGACGGCCUCAUCCGAAGCCAAAGUAUGGAGGAUUGGCUAUUUUCCCGGAUGCUGAGGCGGAGGUCGAGUUUAGGCCGAGAGUAUAG